AGGAAGUCUGACUUACAACGCAUCCUGGCCUACAAGAAAAGCGGGUUGGGUCCCAGCCAUACUGGAACAUUACGAGUUUUGGCUACUGGGCACAGGGCGGCUAUUAACUGCAGGCAGAAAAAGUGUAGGUCACAAACGCAAGUGGUCGCAUAUCACUGGAAGGUGUGUCAUGUGUGGGCGCGAUGGCUGUUUAUUACGACACGGUGGUAGUAGGUGGUGGGAUUCAAGGCAGCAGCACUUCUUACUACGUCGCAAGAUGUGGAAUAGAAGAUGUGCUUUUACUGGAACAGGUAUAGGAUGUUUCACAUGGUUUGUCAUUGUUUUACCGUUUCAGUUUGAAAGAAACCACUCUCGAGGUAGCUCCCAUGGACACACCCGUAUCACCAGGAUGGCUUACAAAAAGCCAUUCUAUGUUAAGAUGAUGACUGAUGCUUUUCAGCAGUGGAGUGACCUCGAGAGACGUGCAGGAGUUACUCUUUUCAAGUAGCAGCAUUUUGAUUUGUAGCAAACAGUAGUUACUUUGUUAUCAGAAUGGAUAGGAGGAUAAGUAGUGUAGAAGACAUUAUGCAUUGUCUGGGCCAGCAUCCUGUUCACCCACAUCUCAUUUUUGUGUGUUGUGUUAUUGUAGACGGCUGUGCCUGCUGAGCUGCCCCAGUAGUACAGUAGUACAGUAUUACAGUAUUACAGCACUCUGUAGCUACAACAUUAUUCUGGGGGGUUGUUGUGUUGUCCUACGUUUGCCUUGCCUCCUGAACCCCCACCCGUCGUAAUAAAUGCAUCUGCCUAAUUUACACUUGUGCCUCAUAGGUGGUUCAAAUACUCUUUUCUAUACAGCUGCUUUUGUAUAUACCAUAGCACAUAGUUUGGGGUUAGCCUCUGCCUUGGUUGUAGCACACAAAAUCACUGAGCUGCCCUGUUAGCAGAGCCAAGUGCUGUGGGUUCGAGUCCCACCUAGCUAAGUGUGUUCAGGAUACACAUUCUCCUUGUUUUUGCACCUCUGAUUAUCAUGACCCUUUACUGCAGGAACACAGGGUAUCUUGUGUUUGGUAAAGACACAGAGGAGUACAUCAUAUCUAAUUUAGAGAGUCUUAGAUUGAAUGGCAUACCUCACCAGACUUUCAGUGGCCUAGAGGCAAACCAACGAUACCCACGGCAGCUGAAAAUUCCUUCUACCCACAAAUGUAUCUAUGAGGAGAUGGGAGGGAUAUUGUAUGCCAGUAGAUCUCUGCUGGCCUUCCAGCAAGAAUUUGUCAAACUGGGAGGGACAAUACUAGACAACCACCAAGUGACUGAGAUAAUUCCUGGAGACAGAGUCACCGUGGUAACCAACAGAGGCUCCUUCAAGGCCAACAAUGUGGUGAUUGCUGCUGGACCGUGGGCUCCAGCUCUCUGCUCCUCCAUUGGAGUUGACUUACCUUUCAAAGUGAAACGUGUUGAGAGUAUAUAUUGGAAAGUGGAUAAUGCUGAUGCUUAUUCAUCAGAUAUUUUUCCAACUACCUUUGGAAUUGCACAUGGAGAUACCUUCUAUAGUAUUCCAGUUGACGAGUACCCCAACAUGGUUAAGAUUAGUAGUGCCGGUGGUAUAUGGACUGAUGCCAACAACAGAGACACUGAAAGUGGCCCUGUGACUGUUCCUGCAGUAGCUGACUUCAUUAGUUCUACAUUCAGAGGAGUUGCCUGCAAACCUAGCAUCAUUGAUUAUUGCAUGUACACAGCAUCUCCAGAUUAUGAUCCUGUCAUUGAUAGGCAUCCAAAACAUAAAAACAUUGUAAUUGCUGCAGGAUUUACAGGUCACGGGUUUAAACUCAGUCCAGUUGUGGGGAAGCUUGUAGCUGAGCUGAUCAGCAAGGACACACCCUCUCACGACCUCCACCCCUUCAGAGUCAGCAGAUUUACCACACCACAGUCAUCUCUCUAAACAAAUUGGAUUCACACUCUAGACUAGCUAUGUGUUUCAGUUUGAAUGAACAAGUAUCAUAGUUUGACAUUUUGUAUAAUAAAUCAUGAUCUUGUGUCAGCAUCA